AUGGCUACACGUGGAGGUAGAGCUCGGAUCAGAGCGCCCAAGAAGAGUUUGGCAGACGAGGCCAAUUUCGAUGUGUCGUGGAAUGAGAAGCUGUCGCCUGCUAUUAGAGAGAUUUAUGACAAGAAUGCGUCGAAACGAUCCUUUGAAGAGCUGUAUCGAACUGCCUACUACCUGGUGCUCAAAAAACAUGGCAAGAGGCUAUAUGAAUCGACGAAGCAACAGAUUAGGGAACAUUUAGAGAAUAAGGUGGUCGGGUCACUGACGCGGUAUAUUCAAGAUCAUGGCCAGAAUAGUGGGUCUGGCACCUCUGUAGCUGCAGGAGGUGACGAUAAUGUCGAUGGUACAAUACGCGAAAAUGGCACGGAAUUGGCAACUACAGAAAAUGCAACUAAAACGACGCCCAAAGGAACCCUGGACUUGGAAUCAGUGCCUGUGGACUUUUUGAAGCAGGUGCGACGAUACUGGGACGACAGCUGUCUGUGUAUGAAAAUGACGAGUGAUAUUCUCAUGUAUUUAGAUCGUGUAUAUGUUCAGGACGCAAAAGUGCCGCUGAUCUAUGAUGCUGGUCUUAUACUGUUUAGAGAUGCAGUAAUAUUCAAUCAAAAACUGCCAGUGGGUUCGAUUAUCGACAACAUCAUUAUAAACGAAGUGAUAAAUGAGCGGAAUGGCCAGAUCAUUGACAGAGUAGCUAUCAAGGCAACGGUCAAUAUGCUGGAAUCUUUACGAGAUUCUCAUAAUCCCCUAUUUACAAGCCCUAUUAGGACAGCUCAGAAUGACGGACGGCCUUAUGAUUAUCUGAAAAAUGGCACUGAUGGGCUAAUAGAUCUCGAUUCUGGCUUCGGUAGUGUAUAUACAGGCGAGUUUGAGCCCAAAUUCUUAGCCUCAUCUGAAGAAUAUUACUCUACUACAGCUAGAAAUGUACUGGAAUCAACCCCGGAUGCCCAUGUAUAUAUUCAAAAGGUGAAGUUUUGGCUCGAGGAAGAAGCUCAGAGAUGUAACCGAUACUUGUCGAUCCACACUCUUGACAAAGUGAUAACUCUCAUAGAGGAUGUGUUGAUUACGCAACGUAUCUCGGAAGUACUGGAACUACCGACAACUGGACUCGUGAGUUGGAUCGAAAACGAGCAGUAUGAAGAUCUGUCUCUUGCUUAUCAGCUGGUGGGCCGUGUGGACAAGACUUACAAAUGCAUCUGUGAGCUAGUGAAAAAGGACCUAUUAAUCGCAGGAAGGGAGGCCAAUAACGUAGCCAUUCGAUCCAGCGAAGAGGCUAAAGCGAGCAAAGGACGACCCAAGGAGAAACAGGACGCUGCAAACCCAGCUUCUGGAGCAGCAGGAGCAGGAGCUACUGCCACUCUGAAUCCGACUACUAUUGCGAUUAACUGGGUUGAACAAGUGAUUCGACUAAAGGAUAAAUACGACAAAAUUUUAAUUCAAUGUUUCGAGAAUCAGCAGAACAUCCGAAUUGCUAAUGAGGAGUCGUUCAUUUUGUUUGUUAAUGAAAAUCCAAAGGUAGCGGAAUUCCUAUCUCUAUUUAUUGACGAGAAUCUUAAACGAACCAUUAAAGGUAAAUCCGAUGAAGAGAUUGAAGAUACUCUGGAAAAGGCAAUCACGCUUUUUAGAUAUAUUGCCGACAAGGACCUGUUUGAGACAUACUAUAAGGUGCAUCUUGCUAAGCGACUGCUGAAUGGCAAGUCGGUAUCUGAUGAGGUCGAAAGGAAUAUGAUAGGAAAGAUCAAACGUGAAGUUGGAACUGCGUUUACAUCCAAGCUUGAAGGAAUGUUUAAAGACAUGCGUAUUUCCAAGGAUAUCAAUAAUGAAUUCAAGGCUGCUCAAUCACAAUUGCAGCAAUCAGACUCUGGAAACAAGGGUCUAGCGGAUAUCCAAGUAAACGUUUUGACAUCGACGUUUUGGCCCAGUGGUAUUGUAAAUACACAAGCCAAGUUCGUAUUACCUCCCGUUGUCGACGAGGCCAAGCAGCGGUUCGAGAAGUUCUAUCUUGGACGGCAUACUGGUAGGGUCCUAGCCUGGAACAUGUCCAUGGGUACAGCAGAUAUCAAGGCUCGUUUCAAGAAGCGUACACAUGAAAUCAAUCUGUCGACUGUUGCCAUGGUGGUUCUGAUGUUAUUCAACGAACUGCCGGAGGGACAUUACCUCACCUAUGAAGAUAUUCAGAAUACGACAGGCAUUGCAACCAGCGAGCUAACGAGACACCUGCAGUCGAUUGCUGUAGCACCUCGUACGAGACUUCUUCGUAAGGAGCCAAUGUCUCGAGACGUGAAACCGACUGAUAAAUUCUACUUCAACGAUAAAUUCGAGUCACCCAUGGCACGAAUCAAAGUACUCGCAGUGUCAGCAAAGAGCAAAGCCGAGAACGAUUCUGAACGCAAAGAGACACUUGACAGAGUAGACCAGUCUCGAAAGUACGAAACAGAUGCUGCAAUUGUACGUAUCAUGAAAUCGCGACGAACACUCGAGCACGUCCAGCUCAUUGCCGAUGCGACCCGCCAGCUCUCCAGCAGGUUCAAACCAGACCCCAUUCUCAUCAAACAACGAAUUGAUGCACUGCUGGAAAGAGAAUAUCUCGAACGAGACCCCGAGCGACGUAAUGUAUAUAACUAUCUCGCGUAA